CCAUGUCUGAUGCCACAGCCUAAUCUCGACUGCCAAAUCUUCAAAUCCAACAAAAAAAAACUCCCAGAAACUAAAAUCUGGAAAAUGCAGACAAACAAGAAAUUUGUUGAGUGCAUUUUUUUUUUCAUCUCAUUAUAAGGUAUACACACCAAAAACGGUUAAAACCGAAGCAAGAAAACCAUUCAUCUUUCUCCUGGAAUCUGGUCGAUCCCAAGAUAAAACCGUUGCUCUGUUCUUGGAUUUUAGUACAUUUUUACCCACCUCUUUCCCCUUACAUCACCAUUACUGUUACAGUAGAGAGAGAGAGAGAGAGAUCUUCAUUUCACUAUCAUGCAAUUCCUUUGCUGGAAAGGAGUUGGAGGGAAGUAGGCCAGAGGGUGUGCACCCACCUCCAGCCCGGACGACCAUGGCACUCCCGUGAGAGGUACAAAAGAGAAAAAGAAUCCUCUUAUCCUGCGCUCCAUCCACCUCUUAUCAUACACCCCCUUCUCCAAUUCAUCAGUCUACCCAAAGUCUAAGGUCCAAUUCCCUGCUUCUUCUCGUUAUCCAAACGGACUCCCUGUGUUCGUUCUUUGUUAACAACGGAAUGAUGGUUGUUCAGUGCACGUCGUAGCCCUCUCGGUUAUUCUCUGCAAUUUAGAACAACAGAUGUCUCCGAACUCACUAGGCUCCUUACCGUCGCCUGAUCUGCUUGGAUUUGGGCUCCGAAUGAGCAGAUUGGAAGACCCAUUUUCAGCGAUUGUUUGCAGAGAGGGGGAUCUUCUUUCAGGGGUUCGAUUCCAUUCCUUUGAGGAGGAAAAGAUGAAAGUCUGUCAUGUUUGUGUGUGGGAUAUAUGAAGAACAUAUCAAUGUGGUCUGAGUUUGAUGAUGUGGAUGGAUGUUUAUGAAGCAGAGCACGCACCACGGAAGGGGAUAGAAGAGGAAACCACAAGACCACCGCUUGUUCCAUCUGAGAAGAACAAUGCAGCCAAUCGCAAGCCUAAGACGAGGGAAGUUACAUCGAGGUACAAGGUUGGGAUCACAUCGCCUUCUCUCUCCACACCAGCUGUGCCCAGGAGGUUUCCAUCUCCUAAUGUCACGCGCACUGUUGCUACAUCUUCUCCUUCGGUGCCUAAGCGAGCCCAUUCGGCUGAGAGAAGGCGUCCCUCUACACCACCUUCCCCACCAAGCCCUUCAACUCCAGUCCAAGAUUCCUCUGCAGAAACACACGUCUCUUCCAGGAGGAUAAUGGGUGGCAGGACCCCGGAAGGCUUGUGGCCCUCCACAAUGCGGAGUCUUUGUGUUUCCUUCCAGUCUGACACUUUCUCCCUUCCUAUUACUAGGAGAGAAAAACCAGUCAGCCACUGCUCUGAUCACACCUUAAAGCCUUCAUCUAAUGUGGCACAUAAGCAGGCCGAAACACCUGCUGUUCAGCGCAAGGUAACACCUGAGAGAAAAAGGACCCCCCUUAGAGGGAAGAAUGCCCCUGAUCAGUCAGAGAACUCGAAACCUGUAGAUGAUUCACAUCUUCGUGUGGUAGAUCAGCAUCGAUGGCCUGGCAGAACGGGUGGGAAGCUAUCUGCUAAUGCCUUCACAAGAAGCGUGGAUCUCACUGAUAAGAGCAGCCAAAUGGCUUCUUUAACACUUCCAGGACGAGGGGUUUCUCCGCUGAGGAGAACACCAAUAUCUGAUGGCUUGGACAAGCCAUUGCGAAAAGCUAUUUCUGAUGUUACAAGACGAGUAUCGUUCGAUGAGAGUGGCAUAGUAGAGUAUGAGAGGCGUGAAAUUGAUACUUCGUUGCAACCACAUGGAAUUCACAAGUCUGUUACAUCUAGCGUUGGGUUUUCUUCAGUUUCAUCAGAAAGAACAUUGUCACUAACUCGCGCCAGCAGAACUCAGUCCUUGCCUAUUCAUGGAUCUGCUCGUCUUCCAUCACCCAGUAGAGCCCUAUCAGUAUCAUCCAUUCCUUCUAGAGGAAUGGUCAGCUCAGCACGGACAAGGUUAUCUAAUCCUAUUCCUUCAGUAAGUUCCUUGGCAAAUCGAUCCAGCAAUUCGGCUUCUGUUCUCAGCUUUAUUGCUGAUGUUAGAAAAGGAAAAAAAGCGGUGGACCACAUAGAAGAUGCCCAUCAGCUGCGGCUGUUGUACAAUAGAUACUUGCAAUGGCGAUUUAUCAAUGCUCGAACAGACGUUGCUCUGUCUAUACAGAGAUUUACGGCAGAGAAAACUCUGCACAAUGUGUGGAACACCACUUCAGAGUUGCGGGAUUCUGUUAUCAAAAAAAGGAUAAAGCUUCAACAAAUGAGACAAGAGCUGAAGUUGAAAUCUAUUCUGAAUGGACAAUUGGCCUACCUCAAUGAUUGGGCUUUAUUGGAAGGAGACCAUCUUAUUUCUUUAUCUGGGGCAAUUGAAGCCUUGGAGGCCAGCACUCUCCGUCUUCCAGUCACUGGAGGAGCAAGAGCAGAUGUUCAGACUGUAAAGAAUGCUAUUAGUUCAGCAGUUGAUGUGAUGCAGGCAAUGGGUUCCUCCAUAUGUUCCUUACUGUCAAGGGUGGAGGGGAUGAACCAUCUUGUUUCUGAACUUUCUGAUAUAGCAGCACAGGAAAGGGCCGUGCUUGACGAGUGCGAAGUUCUAUUAGCUUCAACAGCAGUAAUGCAGGUAGAGGAAAACAGCCUGAGAAUCCACCUCAUACAACUGCAACAAGCUUUUAAGGAGGCAAAGCAAACUUGGGAGUGAGAACACGAGUGAUCUCUCCAGAUGGCCAAAAGAAAUUCGUACUUGUCCUUGUAUUUGGCAGGGAUGGUGUCAUGCCCGCUUGAUUCCCACUUCCAGUGAGUGUAAAUUGAUCUGUUACUGCCAUGGGAAUUUUUUUUCCUUUUUUUUUCUUUAGUUUCAUUUCAUAUUUUUUUCCUUUUCCUUUUUCUUUUUACCCUUUCUUUCUUUACUUUUCAACAGAGGGCAAUAAGUGCUCAUCCCCCCAUGUAAUUUUUUGUAUCACUCAAAUGAAAAAGAAAAAUGAAAAGGAGAAGCAGAGGAUGCAAAAUUAGUGCA